AUGUCGUUCAGCACCCACAGUGCAAACGACACAUCGCUCCACUCCCAGCUCAACACCGCCCUUUCAUCCAACGAUACCCACAAUAUACGCCGUCUAGUGCGGCUAUCUGCGCUGAGCAGCAAUCGCGAGCUGCGAACGAGGACUUGGUGUCACGUGAUGGGUGUGAGCGGUGAAGGCAGAGAAGGCACAAAAGAAGCCAAAGGCACAGGAGAAGGCAAAGGAGAAGGCACAGAUACAGGCAUAUCCACUUCAACACACCACGAUACAGCGCGGCAGUGGUUCAUGUUGUCGUCCUUCAAUCCAGUUCGUGACGGCACACGCCUUAAUCUCACAACCCACUUUGACCUCAACAAGCAAGACAAGCGACGUCUACUCACACCCCACCCCGAUGAGAACCAACUGCGACUCGAUAUCGACCGCUCAUUGAUCCACUACCCACUUCACGUGACUUUACAGCACAAGAAUCAACUCAAGGCACUCCUCUACGAUUUAAUUACAACCACUCUCCGCUUACAUCCCACUCUAAGCUAUUUCCAAGGCUUUCAUGAUGUCAUCACUGUCAUUCUCGUUGAGCUUGACGUUGAUGUCGGUGUUUUGCAAGCUUUCAUACACCGUUUUACCCUGCAUUGGUGCAGAGAUGCGAUGGGCGUGGGUUUGGAGCCUGUGCGGGGAUGGUUGCGCGUGUUGCACAAGAUACUAAUUGCAGUCGACCCUGACGUGGCCAUUAUCGUUGAACAAGCCGCUCCAGAACCCUUUUUUGCACUGUCGUGGAUACUAACGCUGUUCGCACAUGACGUUGUCGAUCAACCUACCAUUGCCCGUCUAUUCGAUUUUUGGAUCGUCGAAGGUCCACCUGCCCUGGUGUAUUUCUGCGUAGCGCUUGUGAUGGCUGAGAAGGAGAGACUAGUGGAGCUGGCUGGGGAGUGUGACGGUAAAGAUGCUCAUGAAAAGAUUGAUGACAUUGACAACACUGCUAACAUACACCAAUUUCUCGCUCAUAUACCCAAAUGUCUCAAUGAAAAACUUACUCAAGUUAUGGAAAUGGCGAUGAAUAUUAGACAGCGCUUUCCACUUAAUCACCCUUUGAUUGAUGUGGAUGGGAUUAUGGGAAGACAGUCGGUGUUAAGGUCACCACCAUUCUCAAUCACUGAUCGCGCUGCAGAGUUGGCGGUGGGGAGACUUGAGUGUCUGGUGAGACAGCCACUGCCAUCUAUAGAGUUUAGCGGGGCAGAGAGGAGAAGGAGGAGAAUAUCGCGGGAUAGGCGUAGACAGCAAUUCAAGAAUCAAGUCGGUGUGCAGCUACUCACACCAUCUCUUCGUAAACAACUCUAUCCGCGGGAUCUGCAGGGUCCUGACAGUGCUACCAUAAAUAUCGCGUUGGAACAUUUACAAAAGCACGAUCUCGGUGGCACUGGAUCCACUCUCCCACCCACCACCUUCACUCUCCCGCCCCUCCAAGGACCCGAUAUAGACAAUCACUUCUACAGAAUUGGCAGUGAGGCUGCACAACCGUAUCUUUCUCUUUCGCGGACUUUCUCCGCCUCGAAUCUCCCCCCGUACCCAGAUUCUUGGGUCACUGAUACCCCCGGCUGGACUGUAUACGAUGCAGACGGCAGCUACAAAUCUAUCCAAAAUGGUCCCAGCGGUGAGUCUAUGCUCGUGUUUGACGUGGAGACCCUUCCCCAUCUAUCCCAGCACGCUGUGAUGGCGGUAGCCGCCUCACCCACACACUGGUACUCGUGGAUAUCGCCCUAUUUAACCGGGCAUUCGGAGACCACUGAGCAUUUUAUACCACUCGGAGAGAGCCACAAGAGUUACGAUCGUGAUGGCCACGGGAGACCUGCAAGACCUCGGAUCAUUAUCGGCCACAAUGUCGGAUUCGAUAGAGCACGACUUGGUUCAGAGUACUCCCUUCAUCUCUCUUCUAACCGUUUCAUCGAUACUAUGUCGCUGCACGUCGCUGUGCGCGGCAUGUCCAGUCCACAGCGCCCAGCGUGGAUCGCCCACCAGCGCGACAAAAAGACAGAACGCGAUCAUGCACGCGAAGCAAGCCAGUCGAUCAAGAACAUUCUCGCAGAGCGCGACGAUCCUGAGCUGCUACUGUCUCUGAUGCGAUACGAGCGAGAAGAGCGAGAAGCGCAGGAAGCACUCGACCGCGCUUUUGAGAUGGGUGAGAUGGGUGGUAACAGUAGUAGUGGCAGUGGCGAAAGCGAAAGCACCACCACAGACACCCCCGACGACCACAAACUGUGGCAGGACAUAGCCUCCUCCAACUCGCUCAGCAACGUAUACGAACUCUACCAUCCCCGCAGACAGCCUCUAGAGAAGGAAGUGCGGGGGUAUUUCACUGAUCCAUCGAGCAACGCGCAUACGCUGAGACACGAAUUGCAGCAUCUCAUGCAUUACUGCGCCGUAGACGUUCAGGCGACGCACGACGUAUACAGCAAGGUCCUUCCACUAUUCCUCGACCGCUGCCCACAUCCCGUCAGCUUUGCGGGUAUGCUCGGCAUGGGCAACUCUUUCCUGCCUAUUGACACCUCGUGGCGGGAGUACCUGCGCAAAGCGGAAGGUAAGUACAGGGAGCUGUCGGAAAAUGUUCAGACCAGCUUAGGGGAACUGGCUCAAUUUGCCCGUGGGAAAAUGGACGAUGAGUCGUGGAGAGAUGAUGUGUGGCUCGCGCAGCUCGAUUGGACACCAAAACGUACAAGGGGCGUGAGACGCGGGAGUGGGAGCGGGAGUAGGAGAGAAACAGUCUCGACGUACAUACCCUCUUGGCUCGCUAAACUUCUCUCGACACGCACAGCAUCCUUCGUCAGCUCACCCACUCUCAAAUCUACCCUGUUGCCCUACUUGCUACAAAUCAAGUACCUGGGUCAUCCCGUUGUGUUCACGACAACUCUCGGCUGGGCAGCGAGAGUGAGACGGAGUAGUACUACAAAGGGUGAAGAACAAAAAAGCAUCCCGCUCAAGGAAGGAGAUGUGAGGUAUGACGAGUUGCAGAACUACUACUUUCUUCCACUCCCAGGUUUAGCCACGGGUAGUUUAAUAAGCAGACUGCUCCUGCGACUCGUGAAAGAUGGCAGCCUCACUAGCAUUCUCAAACAAGAGGAUCUGCUCAAGGUGUUUGAGGGGUAUGAAAUGGCCUCUGACUAUCUAAUCAGUAAAGUGGCUUUGGAUAGCUACUUGAAUUCUUCCCCAGACUCCACUGAAUCCCCUGAACCAUCAUACUCGCCCACCUACGCACAGCUCAAGGAACUUGAUUGGACACCUGCCAAAUUAACUCCACUUAUGAAUAAGAAGCUGCUUGAGGCUGCUGAGCGCACAGGCGUGUCUUUGGACCAGACAUUCUUACAAUCUGCCAACGCACUUAAAGCACCAGCUGCUGCAUCCGCCGCACAACCACAGAUGCAACCGAAGUGGUACUGGGAUCUGGAAGGGAAGUUAAAGCGGGAAGAAGGUGAAGAGGAAGGAGGAGGAGAAAAGAAAGGGAAAGUACAAGUCUCUACACGCAGUAAAUUAUCCCCCAUUCUACUCAAACUACGCUGGCUCGACUAUCCAGUUUUCCACUCACGCAAACAUGGCUAUGUAUACAGAGUGCCUCGUGCAGAUAUCUCCACUGGUAAACACACCACCCGCCAGCCCACAUUAUCCUUCAAACAUCCCGCCGAUGACCACCUCGCUGGGAUGGAGAGCGAUUUCGCCUUCUAUAAGAUACCACAUAAAGACGGCGAGGAGCACAACGUCGGUAAUCUUCUCUCUAAAGGCUUCAUACAUGCUUUGGAGUCAGGGAUGCUGAGCAGUGAGGACGACACGGCUCAUGCGGCCAUGUCACUCAAUGCCCAGUGCAGCUAUUGGAUUAGUGCAAGGGAGAGAGUUAUCAAGCAGUUUGCUGUUUUUGAUGGAACGAGUGGGUUAGAUAUGGGAAUGAAAGAUGGCGUGGAAGGUGGUGUGCAAAAUGGUGUACAAAGCGUCAAUUUCAAUGAAAGCACUCGAGAAACUACCUACCCUCACAAACGCGGCAUGAUCCUUCCAGAAGUUAUCACCAUGGGCACCAUCACUCGCCGAGCAAUUGAAAAAACCUGGCUUACUGCAUCUAACGCCAAGAAAAAUAGAGUCGGUAGUGAACUUAAAUCUAUGGUUAAGGCGCCUCCUGGAUAUGCCUUUGUUGGAGCAGAUGUUGACUCGGAGGAGCUUUGGAUUUGUUCAACCCUCGGUGACGCUCAGUUUGGUGUACAGGGUGCCACUUCUAUCGGAUGGAUGACACUGGAAGGUACUAAAAAUGCCGGUACUGAUCUGCACUCCGUCUCAGCCAAAAUUCUUGGUAUCUCCAGAGACCAAGCCAAGGUCUUCAACUAUUCACGUAUAUACGGCGCUGGUGUGAAGCAUGCAGUCCAACUGCUCCUAAAAUCAAACCCAUCAAUGAGCGAAGCAGAAGCCAAGCAACGAGCGACAGAUCUCUACGCUGCAACAAAAGGUAUGACCAUGAAAGAGGCAUUCGGGAGAAAGUUUUGGUUUGGCGGAACUGAAUCAUACGUCUUCAAUAAACUCGAAGAAAUUGCACUGAGUGACAGACCGCGUACACCUACGCUUGGGUGCGAGAUCACAGCUGCACUCGCAAAGAAACAUCUUCCCUCCUCUGGCAGCAAUUUCAUGACGAGCAGGGUGAAUUGGGUGGUACAGAGCAGUGGAGUUGAUUACCUCCACAUGCUCAUCGUUUCCAUGGAUCAUCUCAUUAACAAGUACAAGUUGAAUGCGAGGUACUUGAUAUCGGUGCAUGACGAGAUACGCUUUUUGGUUGAGGAGAAGGAUAAACAUAGACUGGCACUGGCUCUGCAGAUAUCCAAUCUAUGGACGCGAGCCAUGUUCACAUACAAGUUGGGGAUGGACGAUCUACCCAUGUCAGUUGCAUUCUUCUCUGGUGUAGAUGUCGACCAUGUGUUCAGGAAGGAGGUUGACAUGGACUGUGUCACUCCGUCAAACCUUACACCUAUAGAACCUGGCGAGUGUCUCGACAUUGAAUCCAUCCUUUCGCUUACUAGUGGAUCGCUCAUGGAGGACGGAUCUCCGAUGGAAGAAGUCCCACCGCUUCAUGUGCCCGCGUUAGAUGGUCACUUACACAUUGAAAACCAUCGCCCGCUCACCACUCAUUUCCUCAAAGCACAGUCGGCAGAUUCUGUCUCGCAGAUACGCAUGCUCGAGAAGCGGGCCAAGGCUACUGCAUCUGAUGAAAUUUUGCAAAACACACACACAUCGCAUGACAUACCCGUAUCUAAAAAAACGCCGUCCGCGCAACACAAGAAGACCCCCGUAAGGAAAGUAAACGUCGUGCGUAAGCUGAGUAAACCUUGA